UCAAAACUAGUAAUUCGCAGUUCCGUUUCAAAAUGUGGCAUUCUAUGUCCAAAUUGUAAGCUCAGCCUGGCACAGAGUUUGAAUGCCAGUAAAAUAAAUCAAAAAUGUAUAUGUUGCUGCAAGCGUACGCAAGUUAAUCGAUUUCUACAGAAUCCUUGACAGCAUCCUUCACAGGCAUAUGUAACAGGCCUAUGUAAACAGGCAUAAUCAAAAUAACGUUACAAAAAAAAAAAACGAAAACAAAAAAAUUAAUAAUAAUUUCAAUGCUAAUUGAAUCCACUCGCCAGACAGCUUUCGAAUUUGUUGUCCAUUGCGCCAUGAAGCGUCAGAACGUAAGAACCCUGUCGCUGGUUGUGUGCACAUUUACCUAUUUGCUCAUCGGGGCGGCAGUCUUUGACUCGCUUGAAUCGCAAACGGAGGCAAAGCGUUGGGAAUUUUUGCAAGCGGUGAAGAAUAAUUUCGUUGAGAAAUACAAUGUGAGUGCCGAAGACUACCGGAUGAUCGAAAUAGUAAUAAUUGAGAACAAACCACACAAAGCGGGACCUCAGUGGAAAUUCGCUGGCGCAUUUUAUUUCGCCACUGUGGUGCUGGCAAUGAUUGGAUAUGGACACUCGACCCCAACCACUGUGGCCGGAAAGUUAUUCACAAUGUUCUAUGCGAUGGUGGGCAUACCCCUCGGCUUGGUUAUGUUCCAGUCGAUUGGUGAGCGCUUGAACAAGUUUGCGUCCGUGAUAAUAAGGCGAGCCAAACGAGCCAGUGGAGCGAGAUGCACGGAUGCCACCGAAAUGAAUCUUAUGUUGGCCACUGGCAUGCUCUCCUCGAUAAUCAUCACGACGGGCGCAGCAGUGUUCUCUCGCUAUGAGGGCUGGAGUUACUUUGACAGCUUCUACUAUUGCUUUGUCACGCUGACCACCAUCGGAUUUGGAGACUAUGUGGCUCUGCAGAAUGACCAGGCGCUGACCAACAAGCCCGGCUAUGUGGCCCUCAGCUUGGUAUUCAUCCUGUUCGGUCUGGCUGUGGUCGCUGCCAGUAUUAAUUUGCUUGUGCUGCGCUUCAUGACAAUGCAAGCCGAGGAUGCCAAGCGGGAUGAGCAGGAUGCCCAGAAUCUGGCUGCUGGCAAUCAGCCGCUCACAUUUGAUGACGAGUCCACGUACAACAUGCACGGCAAGCUGCUCGAAAAUAACUAUACGACGGAGAAUGAUGAAACCGCUUCGCUGUGCUCCUGCACCUGUAUGGGCGGCACACGUUGUCUGAACCACGAGCAAUUUAUCGAUCCGGAUUUCCAGCCCAUGGAUAUCAUUGAGAGCACUCUGUGCCUCAAACGCGCAUCCGUCUGAUAUAUUCGGCAGCGUGUUUUUGCGCCAGAUUUGGACUCAACAUAAGUGCCAAAUUCUAUUGGUCUUUACACAUGAGUAUCUAGGCCAGUUAAUGGCAGCCACCCUGUAGCUUUUCUCGAGAGACCCACGUAGACAACCCAACUUAACCCAACCACCACACUCCAAGUAGAUACAAACUAAGAAAACUAAGAAACUUCAAGUAGAUACAAAAAGAUAAGUCUAUCUUGGGCAUGCCCAAGAUUAAAUACCCUCGCAGAGUGCUUAUAUUAUGAGAGCUAUAUGAUAUAGUUGUCCGAUGUUGUUAAAAAUCUUGCAAUAUUUAGCGCUUGUAAUUAUUUUAGUUGGGAUAUUUUGGGACUCAAAAAAGUUGUUUAUCCAACAACUCAUUUAUCGAUCAAUAGUUCUUAUGUCAGCUACUUGAUGUAGUUGUCCGAUCCGACUGUCUUUGACUUAUUUACUGGCCAAGCAAAAUAGUUGAAUAUAUUCUAGGUCUCAUCAGAAUUGUUCGUUUCUAUUUUGAGCAGCUUUAUAUUUUACA